CUACUUGGCCAACAACCACCUCUCUGGCAGUCUGCCAGCUGCCAUCAGUAGACUGCAGAAACUCCAACAGAUCUGGUUGGACAACAACAAGAUUGAAGGCCCUCUGCCACCUAGCCUAUGCUCGCUGCCCUGGAUAUGGCGCUUCAUGAUCAGCAACAACCACCUCUAUGGACCCCUGCCAGACUGCCUCUUUGACAAGUGCAUCAACCAAAUUGAUGUGAGUGGCAACAGCCUGUAUGGGCGCAUCAACCGCGACUUUGAGAACAUGGUGGCGGAUGGCAGUGCGCUCAUCAAUUUGGCUAACAACUUCUUCUUUGGGGAAGCCUUGCUCUUUGCUGCCGGUUGCAAGGUCUGCCCCACUGAGGUCAGCGAGCCCAACCAGCUGGACAUGAAGGACUCCUCAGUAUGGGUGUUUGGUGGCAAGUGCAGCAACCCCGAUCUCACUGGUCCAACCGAUAUCUCUGUGGCGAGCGCAGACAGGGAGGUGAGGGUGAGUCUGUCGGGCAACUGCCUGACCCUCAGCCGGAAUACCAAGUGUUCCUCGAAUGCCACCCAGCGCAGCACGGCACCCUGCCAGGCGUUCUGCAGCAUCACUGCCAACGGCCCGUGCGACGGCCAUGGGGAGUGUGUGCAGCCUGACCCUGCCUUCCCCACCAACUUCACGUGCCUCUGUGAUGCCGGCUACACUGCUGUCGACUCGGGCAACGGCUCCUCAUGCGCCAUUGUCUACUCGAACACCACCACUGUGUCCUCUCUGUCCACGGGCGCCAUUGUGGGCAUUGUUCUGGGCUGCUUUGUUGGCUUCACUCUGCUGGCUGUUGUGCUCGCAUGGCUGCUGUGGCCCCGCGGACCAAAGAAGUGGGAGGGUUUGGAUGUGUGUGAGCAGUUCUCGCUGCAGCAGAUGCUGAGUGCUACCAACAACUGGUCAGAAGACAAUGUGGUGGGCAAGGGUGGCUUUGGCGUUGUCUACAAAGGCCGCUCACCACAGGGCCAGCUGUGGGCCGUCAAGCGCUCCACCAUCAUGACCAACGACUUUGAAACAGAGGUGCGAGCCAUGGCCUCCCUCCACCACGCACAUCUCGUGUGCCUGCUGGGCUUCUGCCUGGACCAGAACAUGGAGACGGGCAAGCAGGAGCAGAUCCUCGUGUACGAGUUCAUGCCAAAUGGGGACCUGGAUUACCACAUCCAUGUGACCACGAAUCCGCUUUCACUUCGGCAGAGGUUGCGCCUAGCACAGGGAGCAGCAGAGGGCCUGGCGUACCUGCAUGGGUUUGAGACACCCAUCAUUCAUCGCGACAUCAAGCCAGCCAACAUCCUUGUGUCGGCGGACAUGCAAGCCAAGGUGGCUGACUUUGGGCUGCUCAAGCGCCUCACUCAUGGCGGUGCCGAUGCCACGCGAGUGGCUGGCACUCCUGGCUAUGUGGAUCCGGACUACGUUCGCACCAACAUCAUCACUGCCAAGAGUGAUGUCUUCAGCUUUGGAAUCGUGCUUCUUCAGUUGCUUAGUGGAAAGUCUCCUCAAGUCGACGCAAAAACACAUAUAAGAAAAUGGGCAGUAAAGCUAGUAGAGGCGUAUGAGCUGGAUGAACUCAGGGACAGCAAGAUGCCGGCGGCAAGCGAGGAGGCUAUAGUGGACUUUGCAGACCUGGCUCUGGACUGUAUCAAGUCUCCUGGCACACGGCGUCCCACCAUGAAGGAUGUGGCAUACCGCCUCAGUGCCCUGAUUGACAAGCACUGUCCCGACAGGGAGGACGAGUGGGAGGGUGUCGCAGAAGGAGAGAGUGCAAGCAACAAUAAUAAGUCUUCAAGGAUUGUUUCUGCUGUGUCGUUUGGAGAUGGUGGGAGGGAGUAUGAGCAGUCUCAGGGCUCACAUUCUGGGGUGAGCUCAUUUAUGGCAUUAGCUCGAUAA